AUGCGCCUGAUCAACUGCUCAACACUACAGCUGCAAGAGUUCUUCGGCCAUAAUAUCCCACGCUAUGCCAUCCUGUCGCAUACCUGGGGCGAUGAGGAGGUGUCUUUUGCUGAUUUUGUCUCGAGCCAGUCUACAAAGUCAAUUCCCGUUUCAGGCCGGAUUGGGCGCAGUGACAGCGCAACGAUGAUCCGAUCAGUCAUGGACCGGUCUGGCUACCAAAAAAUCAUUUUCACCUGCCGUCAGGCGAUUAGUGACGGACUCGACUACGCGUGGAUUGACACCUGCUGCAUCGACAAAAGCUCUAGUGCAGAACUCUCCGAGGCCAUCAACUCUAUGUUCUCCUGGUACAAGAACUCAACUUGCUGUUAUGCGUAUCUCUCCGACGUCUCGAAAGCCAGGCUAGAGAUAGAGUUCCCCAAGAGUCGGUGGUUUACAAGGGGAUGGACACUGCAAGAGCUGUUGGCACCAGAUAAUCUUAUCUUUUAUGAUCAGCAGUGGAGCCACUUAGGCACGAAAUUCGAACAGGAAGAGUGGAUAUCGAAGAUAACGGGAAUUGACGAAAUGGCUAUCAGCGAAAGGGAGAUCCAUGGUCGAAAGAUAGGACUUAGUACAUUCUGCGUCGCCAAGAAGAUGUCAUGGGCCUCAGCAAGACAGACGACACGUGUAGAGGAUAUAGCCUACUGCCUCCUCGGCAUCUUCGACAUAAACAUGCCGCUGCUGUAUGGAGAGGGUGAUCGGGCUUUUCUUCGUCUACAGGAAGAGAUUAUCAGGAAGAUCGACGAUGACUCUAUUCUCGCUUGGGGCUUGAGUCCAACAAUGGAUCAUUCUCUAGGACUGAUAUCUGACGCUGUAAGAAACACAAUGAGCGAGGCAGUCCACUCCAACGACAUUCUGGCACGCUCGCCAAAAGACUUUGUGAACUGCGGCAAUCUGGGAUAUACUGCACCAUCAACUUCUCCUUUCAGGUUAACGAAUGUCGGCUUACAGAUUGAAUUACCGCUUGUUCCGGUGUUCCAGACAAGUAAUCCUUUCGGCGUGGAUAACCAUCGUGGAUGGAUUGGGCUUCUGAGUUGCUCAACAGGACCAAGUCUUGGGUUCUUAGGAAUCUUGCUCCGUCCAGUAGGACGCGAUGGAACUGGCGUGAGAGUAAGGAGAGCUCGCCAUCGCACCUCUGAACACUUCUACGAUACAUUGGUUAUUGGUUCGAGAGGCACUGUAGGAUCAGCCCUCCAGACAGUAACGAUUACGGAAUCCGACAAGAGCUACCGAUUCCAAGGCCCUACCUGGGGCUACCAAUCCUCAAGGAGCUAUCGACAAAUUCUCAUCAACGAAUCCGAAUAUCUUCGGAACAUCGGUUACCAUGUCAAGAGUGGUACUGCAUGGAAGGCCGUGUGGCAUGGAGAACUGAUGCACGAUAGCAACACGAUCUGGGAUCCGGAACAGAUGGUUCUUACAACGGAAUAUAGAAAAGAUUUUCAAGACCUGAUCGAGUUCUGCUUCGAGCUAUCAUCGAGUGAGAAAUCGGGCAAGAAAGGAACUAAAUUCACAGUCUUCAUCUGUACUCCUAGCCAUAGAGCCAUGGUACUCGAAGGACACACUUUCUCGGAGGCGGACAGGCGUGAUCUUUAUGGCGAUCUCCAACUUGGAUCCUCGCAAUAUGAGAUUGAGGAUCUUCAUAUCCAUGACAAGGAUGGGAAGCCGUUUCCUGUCCGCGUUUACGUCCGACCAUCGAUGGUGUAUAAUCACAGACUGUUCGAGCUUGAUAUCGACGGAUUAUAUUAG